AUGGGUUCGACCAACAUCAGCAGUCCUGCUGGACGUCAAGAACAGAAUGCAGAGGCCUGCGACAAGUACUUAUGCCCUCUGCUGCCCAUGCAUACUCUUAUCCCCGUGACAGUUGUGUGCUUGGCACUACUGGUUCUUGGCGUGUCGGGCAAUGUUCUGACUGUGAUUGUGACAGGCCGUUCCCGAGAGCUACGCAAUACCACCAGUCUAUACCUAGGCAGCUUGGCUGUCUCUGACCUGCUGCUGCUUUUACUUGGGCUGCCAGUUGACCUGUACCGUCUGUGGCACUCCCACUCAUGGGUGCUCGGAACAAUGUUGUGCCAUGUGUGGAACUGGUCAGGUGAGGCCUGUGCCUACUGCUCCAUCCUGCAUCUGACAGCGCUGACAGCUGAGCGCUAUAUUGCCAUUUGUUUCCCACUGCGUGCUAAAGUGCUGGUGACCCAACGGCGUGUAAAAGCUCUACUGGUGGGACUCUGGGUCGUGGCGCUGCUGUCUGCUACACCCUUUUUAUUCCUUGUGGGAGUUCGGCAGGUUGGCAACAUCUCCAGUGAUGGUGACAUCAGGCACGAGUGUGGCCCCACAGUACAUGCCCAACAGACUGGGCUGCUGGGUACCAUGCUCUGGGUCACCACCAGCUACUUUGUGCUGCCCUUCCUGUGUCUCUACAUCCUCUAUGGUUUGAUUGUCAGGGAGCUUCUAAGAGUCAACAAGGCACAUCUUGGUGGGGCAUCAUACCGGAACCACCAGCAAACUGUGCGUACGUUGGUUGUGCUGGUCCUGGCUUUUGUAAUUUGCUGGCUGCCCUUCCACGUCGGCAGGAUCAUAUACAUCAACUCAAAUGAUUCCUGGAUGAUGCUUUUCUCUCAAUAUUUUAAUAUUUUUGCACUGCAGCUGUUCUACUUGGGUGCUAGCAUCAACCCAAUCCUUUACAACCUCAUCUCCAAGAAAUACAGAGUAGCACUUUAUAAGCUAAUAUUGUCUCCCAAGUCUGCAGAAAGGGCUUCUACUAUCACUAGGGAAACUGCUACCUACCCAGAGUGUAGUGGAUAA